CCUGACUUUCAUUUCAUCUGCACUUUUUCUUCAUCAAUAGACAUAAUCUCUGAGAGAGAGAGAGAGAGAUUUUGUGUGUGUGGAAGACUAGCAGUUUCAGUUGGAAGUGAGGAAUAUAUCUCGCAGGUCGGAGCCCAUCUCUCCAUUGUUAACUGAAUUGAAUGAAAAAAACAAGGAGAAAAGCAAAAUGAACAACAAGAAGCCUCAGAGACCUCCAUCAGGCCGUACGAAUCUGGCAUCAUGCAUCGUGGCGACCAUCUUCUUAAUCUUCGUUGUCGUCGUACUUCUUGUAGUUUUCUUCUCCCUCUUCAAGCCCAAGGAUCCAAGAGUCGCCGUCAGCGCCAUCCAGCUCCCCACCUUCUCCAUCUCCAGCACCACCGUCAACUUUACUUUCUCACAGUACGUCUCCGUCAGAAACCCUAACCACGCUGUCUUCACCCACUUCGACAGCUCUCUGCAGCUCCUCUACUCUGGAAGCCAGGUUGGUUUCAUGUUCAUCCCCGCCGGUAGGAUCGAUGCUGGCCAUACCCAAUACAUGUCCGCUACGUUCUCCGUCGAUUCAUUCCCGUUGGCCGCAUCAACAAACGGGAGACUCACUUCCGCUGACGACACUAAUAGUGAGUUCCGGCUCGGACCGACCCUAGAGAUUGAAUCGAGAAUAAGAAUGGCGGGCAGAGUAAGGUUUCUACAUUUCCUAACGCACCAUGUGGAGGCCAGGGCAGAUUGUAGGGUUGCAAUUGCUGUGAUCGAUGGAUCAGUCUUAGGAUUUCAUUGCUGAUUCCUCCUUUUGCGUUCUCUUCUUCUUCUUCCAAUUUGAGUUUUCAAUUUGAUCCCAACUUAGUGGGAAAAUUAUAAAAGAGAGAAAUAUAUAUCGAAAUUUCCACCCUUUUCUUUCCUGGGUUAUUUUCUGAUGUAGUAGUGUUGUUUCCGCCAACUUCAUCCCUGUCUAUUCUUUUUAUGAUUUCGAAAUAUGAACCAGUCUUUUCCUUUUA